AUGGAGUUCUUACGAGUUGCCUCGCGGUUGAGGCUGAUAUGGAGGCCGUUGGCGAGGAGAUUCUACAUUCUACCUACGUCGCGCGAAGUGCGCUUCAAUACAACUGCGGCCUCUACGGCCUCGGUUCCUUCGGGCAUCGUGCUCCGCGACUACCAAGAGGAAAGCAUUCAGUCUGUCCUGAAAUAUCUAGGCGAAGGCCAUCGACGGCUGGGCAUCUCCCUUGCAACAGGUGCAGGAAAGACGGUCAUCUUCACACAACUUAUCAGUCGAAUCCCUCCUCGAGAUGCGAAAGCCACCAAAACGAUGAUCAUCGUCCACCGCCGCGAGCUGGUCGAACAAGCCGCAAAACACUGCCGUCUAGCAUACCCCGACAAGCUAGUGGAGAUUGAGAUGGGCAACGAUGUCGCGACAGGAGCAGGCGAUAUAAUCAUCGCUUCAGUGCAAACGCUCUCACGAGGCCGCGUGCACAAGUUCGACCCUACCGAAUUCAAGCUAGUCCUAGUCGACGAAGCGCACCACAUCGUCGCCAAGUCCUACCGCGACGCACUGGGACAUUUCGGGCUCAACGAACCGUCCGCAGAUGGACCGGUUUUGGUUGGUGUUUCAGCUACGUUCUCGCGAUUCGAUGGUCUGAAACUGGGCGCUGCGAUUGACCAUAUCGUGUAUCACAAAGAUUACAUUGACAUGAUUGCGGAUAACUGGUUAGCGAACGCGGUUUUCACGACCGUCAAGUCCGGGGCGAAUCUGUCCAAAGUCAAGAAAGAUAGCUUUGGGGAUUUCGCGCUGGGAUCACUUUCCGAGGCGGUUAACACGACUACUACGAAUGAUAUCACUGUCCGUGCAUGGAUGGCAAAUGCUGAAGGUCGGAAGUCGACGCUCGUCUUCUGUGUUGAUGUCGAGCAUGCGCGGCAGCUUACGGCGGCUUUCCGGGACCAUGGCGUCGAUGCGAGGUAUAUCACUGCUGGGACGGCGAAGGGUGCUCGUGCGGAGGAGCUGCGGGCGUUUAAAAAUCAGGAGUUUCCGGUGUUGUUGAACUGUGGUCUUUUCACUGAAGGCACUGAUAUCCCCAAUAUCGACUGUGUGCUUCUAGCUCGACCUACCAGGUCCCGGAACUUGCUUGUCCAGAUGAUUGGACGUGGUCUUCGACUAUACCCUGGGAAAGAAAACUGUCACAUCAUCGAUAUGGUUGCUUCACUGGAAACUGGGGUCUUGUCAACACCGACUCUGUUUGGCUUAGAUCCAGACGAAAUCCUCGACAAUGCCACUGUGGAAGACGUGAGCAAACGCGCAGAAAAGACCCAAGUCGAACCCAGUCAUGAAGUUGCCGAGCCAUUCGACGGCGCGGACAACGAUUUGAAACUCGAGUUCACCACUUACGACAGUAUAUACGAUCUGCUUGGCGACACACAAUCCGAGCGCCAUAUCCGAUCAAUGAGCCCGCACAGCUGGGUUCGUGUCGGAGACGACAAAUACAUCCUCGCCGAACGCUCCGGUUGGAUAACCAUCGAGAAAAAGGAUAACAUCUACACUGCCCACCAUGUCAUGGUAUUCAAGAAUCCCGCAAUGGAGGCAACGAAAUACACGCGUCCGCGGCAGGUCGCCACCGGCGAGGAUUUGGAGGCUAUUGUGCGUGCUGCGGAUACGUAUGCCAGUAGCAAAUUUGACGAGCAUUACAUCACGACUUGGAAGCCCUGGCGACGGGCUCCGGCUACGAGUGGGCAAAUCAAAGUGCUAGAGAGAGCUCAGGUUCGAAAGGGAAAAUCGGACUCCCGGGAAUUGACUCGCGGUCAAGCGGCUGAUAUGAUUACGAAGUUGAAACAUGGUGGCAAGAAGCGUUUCCAGGACUUGGAGGCGCUGAAACGGAAGAAGCUGCGGCAAGUGGAGAGUAUGGCUGAGCUGCAGAGGAGGGUGGAUGUGAAGGUUGGACCGGUUGGGGCUUGA